AUGAGGUCUGCAUGGGGAGAAGACGCAUCGGAUUUCAAACCGGAGAGAUGGAUUUCAGAGGAAGGAGGGAUAAGACGUGAACCUACAUACAAGUUCUUGAUUUUUAAUGCCGAUCCGAGAGCUUGCAUUCGUAAACAUUUGGCUCUCUUGCAGAUGAAGAUAGUAGCAGUGGAGAUCAUACAAAACUAUGACUUUAAGGUCGUUGAAGGUCACAAGAUCGAACCAGUACCUUCUAUCAUUCUCCGUAUUAUGCAUGAUCUUAAAGUCAGAGUCAGUAAGAAGAUAUGA